AUGCCUGGAACAGCAAUUGCCUAUGGCUCUGAGUAUGGCCACGACUCACGCCAGCAGCAAGGCUUUGGCGGUUACGGUACCGCGGCUACAAUGAUGUACAACGUUGCCCAACCGAACCCGCAAAAUCCCGUCUACGAUGCGCAACACUUUAGUUCACGGCAACCUGCAGGUCUGCAGAUGAUGACACCUGACGUUGCCUCGACCUACUUUGCGUCGGAAACGGGGAGCGCAGCUGGCCCGAGCCUCCAUCAGUCAGCACAGAGCUCAAGCGGAUCCGCAAAUGUUUAUCAGCAAAGUAAUGCUAUGAGCUAUGCGAGCAAUAACAUGUCCAGCGUGAACGCCAUGCCACAAGCGACGGCGAGCGCCGAUGUUUCCAUGACAGAAGACCACGACUACGCAGAAGGCGCUCUCGAAGAAAAAUGGGUUAGCUACCAGCGGCAACUAGGGAGCAUAUUUCAGGACAUAUCAAAUGGAUCUCUUGAAAGUGCAUCUGAGACAUUACUUAGCGUCACUAGUUGGCUUUUGUCUCAAGUCGCUGAUCUUGGCCUCAAUCUUGAUGACACAAACCUUCAUGCUGAUCGUAUUCAGCUGUGGAACGACUUCAACCACGCCUGGCUAGGGUUGGGUCAACAGCAGAUUGAUCUUAUGACCUCUUCCCAACAACUUUCAAGAUCGCAGAGCCUUGUAUCCAAAGCCAUGAUUAAGAAGAUGGGAAACGAAUUGAUCCGAUUAUGUGACGGUAUCGAGCGUCACGGUCUGGUAGAUUACCAGUACGGAGUGUGGGAAGAUCAAAUAACAGAAGUUCUCGAGGACAUUCUGGAUGUAUACGAAGCUUCAGAAGAAGCCAGUGGAAGCGUUAGUCGCUAA